GCCUGGUAUUGGCUCCCAUGCUUUGCCGAUACUCAGAUCUCUGACACUUGGCGGCUGCUGAUUUUUGGUCUGACCAUCUUUCGAGCGCGACCAUUCAUUGGAAGGCCCUUCUGCACGAACAGUAGUGCGUCACUAUGGUUGCGACUGGCUGUGCCGUUAGGCAGAGCCAAGGAGGUGUAGGGUGAGCCUGUCCUCAGCGACAGUCCCUUCAGCAGCGGUCAGGCUCAACCGAGCCGGCAAACCUGCUUCUCUCCAUUGCCGGUCGUCUCACUGACCCGAGACUGAACGGGAUCUCAUCCUUCCGCAGUGGUCACAACUAUGAGUGGAUUUCAAUUAUUCACGCAUUGUUUCACCCCCUUUCUCCACUCUUCCCACUGCCCAAGUUUCCAUACCACCAAGCACCCGCCAACUCGCACCAUUUCAAUCACCAUCGCUCCUGCCAUCCACCGUUCUAGUCUACACCCACCUGAUCAGCAUGGGUUUCAAAUUUGGAGACUUGACGAGGGAAAUCACCGAGACCGGCGCGCAAAUCGCCAACACGUGCACCAAGGUAAUAGAAAAGGCACCUUCCCUGGGCAAUGAGAUCGUCCACACAGCCUCUAAGGUAGGCGAUAGCGUAUCCGCCACCGGUGGCCAUGUUGGCAACGCAAUCUCGGACGGCAUCAAAAAGCUUCCAGAUGCCGGGCUGGACGAGAAGCUCAACAGCAAGAGCAUCAACACGCUCGCCGCGAGCGUCGGAGAUGUUGUGUUCCCCGAUAACCCCAAGCUUCGACAGCGAGUCGAACAGUUGGAUGCCGACUGCCGCCUUUCCGAAGCCCAGUUUAACAGGACUAAGAAAGACUUCGAAAGACUAGAAUAUAGAUCCCGUGUCGCCAUUGCCAAGUAUCUCAAAACACGCGGGUUCGACUCGCUAGAGUCCCUAGACCGUGAGGUCAGACGCGUGGCGACGGGGAAAGUGUUCGAGGAGUGGGGAAGGCUAAAAACAAAGAUCGGAAGGGACCUCGCCAUUGAGAAUAUGAUCGAAACGAUCUGCGGGAUCGCCGCUCUUGGAGGGGUUACCGUGACGGGCAGCCUCGUUACUGUCGGCAUGAUCAGUGGGCCGGCCGGCUGGUCGGUUCUCGGCGCCAUCGGGACCGCCAGCGCCACUAUCGGAGGUGUUGUUUUUGUUGGCGCUCUAAUCAAGGCAAUGGAGCAGGAAGAUGAACUCAAGCAUCAUAUAAAACAGCUAUACUAUGCCCGUUCCGAUCUGCGGCUCAACCUGAACCGUCUCAACGUUCUCGUUGACUGGUCAAUAGCCUUCGCUGCCUGUCUAGACAUGAUAGACGACACGUCCUUCAGCAGCUUCGAAUCGCUGUUGGCGCAGCUUGAGAAGAGGGACAGGUGGCGGUGGAUGCCUUCCGAGGUUACAAAGGAACUUGCCGCAUAUGAUCGGAUGCGCCAGGCCUGGACCAAGGCGGACCCUGAAGCGAAAUACUAAGCUCGGCGAUUCUCAUGCCGGAACUUCACUAAGCAGGAUCCUGGUAACACGACGAUUAGGUAGAGCCAUGGAAUUGCGGCAAGCUAAAGGACCGAAAGUAUAGAAAAACAGUGAAUAGCAAUGUUAUGUAAAUAAGUACCUUUAACCUAGACCAGUAGAAUAUAAUAUAAACCUACAUCCUAAGAGGCCUUAUAGGGUUGAAUAUUAACGUUUAUAAUAAU